CAUGAGCGCCGAUGACGCGGCGUGCAGCCGAAUGUUACACGGUUGAGUCAACAGUUACGUGGGUUUGGGCGGGGUAUCCGGGAAGAAAAAAGUUGCAGGAAACCAAAGAAAACACAGUGGCUUGCGUGGACCCUGAAGAGUGUGUAAAGGUGUGUGGUGCAGAGGUGGGCUGUUCCAACAUUGCUUUUCCAAAACUGGUCAUCGAGCUCAUGCCCAGCGGCCUCAGGGGGUUAAUGAUAGCUGUAAUGAUGGCCGCUUUAAUGUCAUCACUGACCUCCAUCUUUAACAGCAGUAGCACCCUCUUCACCAUGGACAUCUGGAAGAAGUAUCGAAGAGGUGCUAGUGAGAAGGAGCUGCUGCUAGUUGGCAGGAUAGUGACUGUUAUUUUCCCCCAAACCCAAUGUGUUUUGAAAAAUAUGCUUAGAAUGAAUGUUUCAGAAGGAUUGUGGUGUACCAGGCUGAUUAUCUUGGAUGUUUUACAAAGAACAAAACUGCAGUUUUCUCAUUGA